GUAUUGUUCUUCGAGAGCUCGUGUCAGAGUUAUCUGACCGUGGAAGAAUCCAAUCUCGAACGCCAGAGAUUAUUGAGAAAAAUUAAAAAGGCUAAAAAAAGCAAGAACAAAAAGCUCUCGUCGGGUGAUUUCAAUCUAGAUAGAGUUCGCUGUUCUCACUCAGAGAUUUCUCUCGAAUUUGGAAUCGGCACUACCGGAGGAGAGAGGAGCUUCUCUCCUCUCUUCCGAGCAAUUCGUUGUCGUCGAUCACCACAAUCUGUUCUAUAGAUCGAGAGAUUCGAGACCAUCAAAAAGAGGAAAGCAGAAAUUGCUCAGAAAAAGGAACAGUCGAAUUCAGGGUUUCCUUGUCGAUAUGGAGCAAGAGAGCCAGAAAAUGGAAAUCGAGGAAGCCGGCUGCCAAUCUCCAAGUGCUCCCGUUCUUUGCGCUAAUAACUGCGGUUUUUACGGAACCGCCACCACUAACAAUCUCUGCUCCAAAUGCUACAAAGAGUUUGUUCUGAAGGAAGUCAAAGCAUCCGCAACUGUGGUAGUUGCGGAAAAUCAGGUCGAUGAAGCUGUGACUGAAUUAACGGUUCAGGAGGUUAAGGUUACUCCGAGCGAGAUACCUUCCACUUCUGAAGAUCAUGGGAAGCUACCGGCCAACCGUUGCAACUUCUGCAAGAAGCGUGUGGGGCUGACAGGCUUCAAGUGCAGAUGUGGGCAGACGUUUUGUUCUCUCCAUCGUUACUCUGACAAGCACAAUUGCCUGUUUGAUUACAAAGCCGCAGGCCAGGAUGCAAUCGCCAGAGCGAAUCCUGUUGUGAAGGCCGACAAGGUUGAGAAGAUCUGACUCUGAUAUGCCCAUUUGGGGAAAUUCAAGAUGUGGGAGUUAUGAUCUACUCUUAGUAAAGUCAUGAAGAAGAUUCAAUUCAUGAAGGACGGCAUAAGUUGGUCUUCUGUUUCCAGAAAUAAAUAGCUAUCUUGAUUAUUUGUCUGUUCUGUACAGUUUGGUUUCAUGUAUUGUGACCCAAUGCCACUGAAGGGUCAUAAUUUUUUUUUUUUUUAGGAUUCCUCUAAGAAACGCUCAAGUUCUCAAUCCUUUGUAUAUUUCUGCUAUGAACUUUCAAUUUAUUAUAUUUCAAAUGUUACUGCAGUUCGUUCUUCUUC